UCAAAACAAGCCCGAGACCCGCCUUUUCCCUCAGGAUCCCGAGCGUCUCGCUCCGCUCGCGGGCCCCUUGCGCUCGCGCGGCUGCGAGCCUCGGGUGGCCGCGCGUGGCCGCCCGCGCCAGCUCCAGGAAGCCGGGGAGGGCGCGGCGGCCGGGAUGGCGCGGCUCGGGCCGCACGGCGGGGCGGGUGCCUGAGGAGAGCGGCCGGCCCCGUGCUCUCCACAGCCGCCCCAGCGCCGCGGGGAGCAGCCUCCGUGGGCGCCGGGCACAGGGACCCCCUCGAGCGGGCCAGGGAGAUGCCCAACCCCAAGAACAGCAAAGGCGGCCGCAAAAACAAGCGCGCCAACAGCAGCGGGGACGAGCAGGAAAAUGGAGCCGGGGCCUUGGCGGCGGCGGGUGCGACAGGCGCGGCGGCCGGAGGGGCCCUGGCGGCGGCGGGCUGCGGGGCGGUGUCACCGGGCGCGGUGGGCACCGGCGGCGCGGCGGGCCCGGGAGGUGCGGGCGCGGGCGCCGCCAACGCCGCCAGCGCUGCGGGGGCUGCAGGCGCGGGAGACGCCAAGAACGAAGCUCCUUGUGCCACGCCCCUGAUCUGCAGCUUUGGGAGGCCAGUGGACCUGGAAAAGGAUGACUACCAGAAGGUGGUGUGCAACAACGAGCACUGCCCGUGCAGCACCUGGAUGCACCUGCAGUGCUUCUAUGAGUGGGAGAGCAGCAUCCUGGUGCAGUUCAACUGCAUUGGCAGGGCCCGCAGCUGGAACGAGAAGCAGUGCCGCCAGAACAUGUGGACCAAGAAGGGCUACGACCUGGCUUUCCGCUUCUGCUCCUGCCGCUGUGGGCAGGGCCACUUAAAAAAGGACACAGACUGGUACCAGGUAAAGCGGAUGCAAGAUGAAAAAAAGAAGAAGUCUGGGUCAGAGAAGAACUCAGCAAGGCCUCCAGGGGAGGCUGGGGAAGAGGCGAAAAAAUGCAGGCCCUUGAACAAGUCCCAGAAAGGCCUGAACCAUGACCUUCCCCGGCGGCAUUCCAUGGACAGGCAGAACUCCCAGGAAAAGACAGUUAAUGCUGCAGCCUAUGGGGCCCGCUCCCCCUGUGGCUCCCCUGGCCAGUCCCCACCCUCUGGUUACUCUAUCCUCUCCCCAGCCCACUUUAGUGGUCCCCGCUCCUCCAGAUACCUUGGGGAAUUCUUAAAGAAUGCCAUUCAUCUUGAGCCUCACAAAAAGGCCAUGCCUGGGGGCCAUGUGUUCAGAAAUGCCCACUUUGAUUACAGUUCAGCUGGGCUGUCUGUACACAGGGGAGGACACUUUGACACCCCUGUACAGUUCCUGCGGCGAUUGGACCUCUCUGAACUUCUCGCUCACAUCCCCAGGCAUAAGCUGAACACUUUCCAUGUUCGGAUGGAAGACGACGCCCAAGUGGGCCAAGGCGAGGAUCUACGGAAGUUCAUUCUUGCAGCCCUCAGUGCCAGCCACAGAAAUGUUGUAAACUGCGCUUUGUGCCACCGGGCACUUCCUGUGUUUGAACAGUUCCCACUAGUGGAUGGAACUCUGUUCUUAAGCCCCUCAAGACAUGAUGAGAUUGAAUAUGAUGUUCCUUGUCACCUUCAAGGGAGACUCAUGCAUCUGUAUGCAGUGUGUGUGGACUGUCUGGAAGGGGUUCACAAGAUCAUCUGCAUCAAGUGCAAGUCCCGGUGGGAUGGCAGCUGGCACCAGCUGGGCACCAUGUACACCUACGACAUCCUGGCCGCCUCUCCCUGCUGUCAGGCCCGUCUGAACUGCAAGCACUGUGGCAAGCCUGUGAUCGACGUACGGAUCGGAAUGCAGUACUUCUCUGAGUACAGCAAUGUCCAGCAGUGUCCACACUGUGGGAACCUGGACUACCAUUUUGUGAAGCCAUUCUCCUCCUUCAAAGUUCUUGAAGCUUAUUGAUGAAAGCUUUGCUUUAGUAAUAGCUAUUUUAUUGAUAUUAUUACUUUACUACAUACCUUUUAUAGGGGAGCAUUCUGUGACAUUAAUUUCUUUUCUAAUUUAAAACAGAGUUUACUUUGUAUAUUUGUGCCACUAAAACGAGGGCUGCCCCUUGCCCUUUCUUAAUUCCCAAAUGUUGGUGUGUGGUUAAGACUGGAGUGCAAAUGGGAAAUUGGACAGAUUUUGGUUCGUAGGGUUUCAGUCUCAUGCAGAAUCUCUGAUGCAGUACUGAGGUAGCAGGAAGGAUGGGUGCCACUUAGGUGUUGGAUUCUGUGGUGACGCUAAAGGUGUGGUAGGAGUUGGGAGGAAGCUUUUUCUAAUGUUAGCUCUCUUGAGAGACCCACUGUUAGAUGUUUGGGCCUUGGGAAAAAUAAGUGACAAAUGAAUGUAAGUCUAAACCUGGAGAGCCAGUACUGCAUUAGGCUACCUGGACUCUGUUCUUCAGUUCAGGGUGAGGUCAGCUUACUCCCACUGAUAGAUAGGUGAUUUGAGAAUAGUUCUGAAUGCUUUCUUUGACAGUUUGUAUAAUUUAACAGUUUUCAUACCGGAAAUAAUAGCCAAAUUAUCUGACACUUGAAAACUGUUGCUGUUGUAAAUGUUUUAGGUGAGCUGAAUAUAACAGGUCUUGUGAAGUGAAAUUGGAAAUGAUGAAUACUGAAUCAAGAGGGCAGAAAGCAGAACGUGGUUAUUUGGAUCGUGUCUCUAGAACCUACAGAAAAUUUGCACAUGCUGUAGGUUUGGUGGGCAUCGUUUACAGAUUGCAUUGCUGAAGCAGUUGCGUGGUAUCCAGAUCUUCUGAGGCAAACCUCUAGCCUAACUGCUGCGCUCCAGAGCCAGUCAUGCUACACUUCAUUGUGUCUACUGCCACAUCAGCCCAUUUAAUACUAGUUCCCCAAAUCAGAGUUGACCUAGGAAGGAAGGGGAAAUUGGUUAGAAUGAUGAAGAACAGUUUUUAUUCUUUUAAAAGUAUAUUUCAUUUUGGUAGCAGUAAUGCAAAGAGCAUAUCUGAAAAUAGAUCAUCCUAAAGAUUUCCAUGAUUCCUCACUGUUUCUUAAAAAAAAAAAAGUUGCAUACAGAACACCGGGUAUUCCAAAGUUCACUAGGACUUGGAUACUUGAAUGUGCUGAAGAUAUCCCUCAUAGAAUUAGAAUUAAAGAAUUACUUCUCAUGAAGGAAUUUGGUAAUUUCAAGUAUGAUACAGAAAUAUACAUUAAAAGACUACUAAAAAUAACUGUUUUAUGAAUAGGCAAAUUUGGGGUUCAUGUAAAUAUUUUAUAUCACUUGAUUUAUGCCAUCCCAGGGGGCUUUUCUUUUCAUAAUUGUCUAAACAUUAUUGCCAAUGAGUUUUACGUUCUAUAGAAGUCUUGGUGUUUAAUUUGAAACAACAGCAUUUAAAAACCUAUGCUAAACUAAAACUUUUUGUCAGUUGGUUUGUUACUUCUGGUUUUGUGUUUGAUGAUCUGAAAAGUUUCAUAAUCUGCAAGAAAUGCUGAAGUUGCAUAGGACAAACAAUAAUCAUUAUUGAUCAGAUGGUGUUUAAUACAACUACGUUAGAUCUAUAGGAUAUAAUAUUUGCAAAUUUGUCUUUGAUGCACAAAGCUAUAAUUAUGAGUUAGCUGUUUUCCUAUGAAUCUGUUGUACACUCAAGUUUAAAAUUUUGGUAAGUUUCUAUUCAGAUUCCAUAUUUGUCUUCAUGCUUGUUCCUGAUUUUUUAGAAUAAAUAAAAUACUUGUAAUGCUGUU